GAGGAGACGACGGAGCUCCAGACACAGCAGGAGGGCGCCGUGGCUGUGCAGUUUCAACCUCGUCCUCCCAGCCGCGCGCACACCACCUCCUCCCGGAGCAGCGGGAACCGCAGCAGCUCCGGGCUACCGCCGCUGGGCUCCGCGCUCCUGGCCGCCUGCAGCCGCCAGUACCUCCCCUCGUCAGCACUCAGCCAGCAGCUAUUUCCUUCUGCCAGUCUCUGAACUCUCUGGAUCUUUUCCUUUGCUCGCCGCUCUCGUGUUUUCUCCACCCUGUAUUUUCUCAACUCCUUUCCUUUAUACUUAACCACCCUGUCUUGUUCUCCUCUUUUUAUUGAGCAUUUUUCUUGACUUAAGAUGACUUGUCUCCCUUACCUUCAUCAUUUCAGCCCUGAAGACUGAAAAGGAACCUUUAUUUUCCCCUCAGGGGCAUUUUAAAGACCUCAAUCCUUAAAAGUCUUAAGAGACAGAGAAACAGGACGCGGGACCUUCUCGACACCCUUGAGUCCAGUCCAGAACUGCACUAUCAGCCAUAACUAGUAUUUAAAUUAAGCCCACUGAAGAGAAGGGAGACAGGAGCCGGAAGCAAACUUCGGCCGUCUCAGAGGAUCCGCGGUUCCCGCAUUUGGAAGAGCCGCGUGCCAGAAGCCAAGGGACUCCACGGGGAACGCGGAGGAACCGCGAGCCUCCCUCGCCCCCUCCCCGAGGCCGGGGCGGUGGACUGAGCCGCGCGGGACAGCAGCGGCGGAGGCAGCUAGGAGAAGAUGCGGGGCUCGGGGCCCCCGGGUGCGGGACGCCGGAGGCCCCCGGGCGGCGACGACGGCGACACCCCCAGCACCCCUGCAUCUCUGGCCGGCUGCUAUGCCGCACCUCGCAGGGCCCCCCUCUGGACGUGCCUUCUUCUGUGCGCCGCGCUUCGGACCCUCCUGGCCAGCCCCAGCAACGAAGUGAAUUUGUUGGAUUCACGUACUGUCAUGGGGGACUUGGGAUGGAUUGCUUUUCCAAAAAAUGGGUGGGAAGAGAUUGGUGAAGUUGAUGAAAAUUAUGCCCCUAUCCACACAUACCAAGUAUGCAAAGUUAUGGAACAGAAUCAGAAUAACUGGCUUUUGACCAGUUGGAUUUCCAACGAAGGUGCUUCCAGAAUCUUUAUAGAACUCAAGUUUACUCUGCGGGACUGCAACAGUCUUCCUGGAGGACUGGGAACCUGUAAGGAAACCUUUAACAUGUAUUACUUUGAAUCAGAUGAUGAGAAUGGGAGAAACAUCAAGGAAAACCAAUACAUCAAAAUUGAUACCAUUGCUGCCGAUGAAAGCUUUACGGAGCUUGAUCUUGGUGACCGGGUUAUGAAACUGAAUACAGAGGUCAGAGAUGUAGGACCUCUAAGCAAAAAGGGAUUUUAUCUUGCUUUUCAAGAUGUGGGUGCUUGCAUUGCUUUGGUUUCUGUGCGUGUGUACUAUAAAAAAUGCCCUUCUGUGGUAAGACACUUGGCUGUGUUCCCCGACACAAUCACUGGAGCUGAUUCUUCGCAAUUGCUUGAAGUGUCGGGCUCCUGUGUCAACCAUUCUGUGACAGAUGAACCACCCAAAAUGCACUGCAGUGCUGAAGGGGAGUGGCUGGUGCCCAUCGGGAAAUGCAUGUGCAAGGCAGGAUAUGAAGAGAAAAAUGGCACCUGUCAAGUGUGCAGACCUGGGUUCUUCAAAGCCUCACCUCACAACCAGAGCUGCAGCAAAUGUCCACCUCACAGUUAUACCCAUGAGGAAGCUUCAACCUCUUGUGUCUGUGAAAAGGAUUAUUUCAGGAGGGAGUCUGAUCCACCCACAAUGGCAUGCACAAGACCCCCCUCAGCUCCUCGGAAUGCCAUCUCAAAUGUUAAUGAAACUAGUGUCUUUCUGGAAUGGAUUCCUCCUGCUGACACUGGUGGAAGGAAAGAUGUAUCAUAUUAUAUUGCAUGCAAGAAGUGCAACUCCCAUGCAGGUGUGUGUGAGGAGUGUGGCGGUCAUGUCAGGUACCUCCCCCGGCAAAUCGGCCUGAAAAACACCUCUGUCAUGAUGGUGGAUCUGCUCGCUCACACAAACUAUACCUUUGAGAUUGAGGCAGUGAAUGGAGUGUCCGACUUGAGCCCAGGAGCCCGACAGUAUGUGUCUGUAAAUGUAACCACAAAUCAAGCAGCUCCCUCUCCAGUCACCAAUGUGAAAAAGGGGAAGAUUGCAAAAAACAGCAUCUCUUUGUCUUGGCAAGAGCCAGAUCGUCCGAAUGGAAUCAUCUUGGAGUAUGAAAUCAAAUAUUUUGAAAAGGACCAAGAAACCAGCUAUACAAUUAUCAAGUCUAAAGAGACAACUGUAACCGCAGAGGGCUUGAAACCAGCUUCAGUGUAUGUCUUCCAAAUUCGGGCACGCACAGCAGCAGGCUAUGGUGUUUUCAGUCGAAGAUUUGAGUUUGAAACCAUCCCAGUGUCAGUUGAAGCAUCCAGCGAUCAAAGCCAGAUCCCUAUAAUUGCUGUGUCUGUGGCAGUGGGAGUCAUUUUGUUGGCAGUGGUUCUCGGCUUCCUCCUCAGUGGAAGUUGCUGCGAGUGUGGCUGUGGAAGGGCUUCUUCCCUGUGCGCUGUUGCCCAUCCAAGCCUAAUAUGGAGGUGUGGUUACAGCAAAGCAAAACAAGAUCCAGAAGAGGAAAAGAUGCAUUUUCAUAAUGGGCACAUUAAACUGCCAGGAGUAAGAACUUAUAUUGAUCCACACACCUAUGAGGAUCCCAAUCAAGCUGUCCAUGAAUUUGCCAAGGAGAUAGAAGCUUCAUGCAUCACCAUUGAAAGAGUUAUUGGAGCAGGUGAAUUUGGUGAAGUUUGUAGUGGACGUUUGAAACUUCCAGGAAAAAGAGAAUUACCUGUGGCAAUCAAAACCCUGAAAGUAGGCUACACAGAAAAGCAACGCCGAGAUUUCCUGGGUGAAGCAAGUAUCAUGGGGCAGUUUGAUCAUCCUAACAUCAUUCACUUAGAAGGUGUUGUGACCAAAAGCAAACCAGUGAUGAUAGUGACAGAGUACAUGGAAAAUGGAUCUUUAGAUACAUUUUUAAAGAAAAAUGAUGGGCAAUUCACCGUGAUUCAGCUUGUUGGCAUGCUGAGAGGCAUCGCUGCAGGAAUGAAGUACCUUUCCGACAUGGGCUACGUGCAUAGAGACCUUGCUGCCAGAAACAUCUUAAUCAACAGUAACCUUGUGUGCAAAGUGUCUGACUUUGGACUUUCCAGGGUGCUGGAAGAUGAUCCUGAGGCAGCCUACACCACGAGGGGAGGCAAAAUUCCAAUCAGAUGGACUGCCCCAGAAGCUAUAGCUUUCCGAAAGUUUACCUCUGCCAGUGAUGUCUGGAGCUAUGGAAUCGUGAUGUGGGAGGUUGUGUCUUAUGGGGAGAGACCCUACUGGGAGAUGACCAAUCAAGACGUGAUUAAAGCAGUAGAGGAAGGCUACCGUCUGCCAAGCCCCAUGGACUGUCCUGCUGCUCUCUAUCAGUUAAUGCUGGAUUGCUGGCAGAAGGACCGAAAUAGCAGGCCCAAGUUUGAUGAGAUCGUCAACAUGUUGGAUAAGCUGAUACGUAACCCAAGUAGCUUGAAGACGCUGGUUAAUGCAUCCAGCAGGGUAUCUAAUUUGUUGGCAGAACAUGGCCCACCGGGAUCUGGGGCCUACAGAUCAGUAGGUGAAUGGCUAGAAGCAAUCAAAAUGGGCCGGUAUACAGAGAUUUUCAUGGAAAAUGGAUACAGUUCAAUGGACGCUGUGGCUCAGGUGACCUUGGAGGAUUUGAGACGGCUUGGAGUGACUCUUGUCGGUCACCAGAAGAAGAUCAUGAACAGCCUUCAAGAAAUGAAGGUGCAGCUGGUAAAUGGGAUGGUGCCAUUGUAACUUCAUUUCAAUGUCACUUCAUCAAGUGAAUGAUUCUGCACUUUGUAAACAAGCCCUGAGAUUUAUUUUAACAACAACAACAAAAAAAAAAAUAUGGGGGAGGGGGAAGGGAACACUCAGUGAUUUCUAAACCUUAGGAGAGCAUUUGUUUCAGCCACAGAAUUUGUAAUCAGUGUUUUGCUAAAAUCUCCUUAUCUUCCUCAGUGUCUUCAUUUUUCAUGAAGCAAAUAUAACCUGCAUGGAAUAAAAACCUGAGGUUAAACAUUAUCUUACGUUGCAACAAGAAAAUCCUUUCCACUACUUCUACAAAAUUUUAUAAAUGAAAAUUAUAACUAUAUAUAGCACCUUUACAGACUGAAUUAAGGCAGCCCCUUUCAAAACUUCCAAGAAUCUACUUGAAAGGAAAAGUUUAUAGCCAUUUGUGGGCUAACAGAAGCUGCAAUUUACUGAAGUUUACUUCAAGUCUUAAAUGUCUACAUAAGUGUAUUGAAGAGCAAUAUGAUUAGGUAAUUUCUUAACAGAUACCUUCUUUUGUAAUUUAAAAUGCUGUUACACAGUCUAAGUUAUAGACUCUAGUGUAUAAAUAUGUUGCUUGAUCAAGGACAAGUACAAUACAGGGUGCAUAUUUAUUUUUCUGUGUUAUAAAAUUUACUUUUAGUUGCUCUUCUAGAAACUAUUAGGUAAUAAAUGUGUAUAUACUGUAUAAUUUGCUAUAUACCCAGGAAUCAGUCUAAGUUGGAGUUUUGUGUGUGAUGCUUGCACAUGUGUGCAUUAUCAUUCUGCUUGCAUUUUUAAUAGUGUUUUAAUUUUAGCAACAUACAGGAACAAGUGUUCCACAGUGUAAUAUAAAUAGGAGAAGUAGGGAAGCAGUAAAAUGAAAAUUUAACACAAGCUUGUGUCUUUCUUCCUCUCAUGUGUCCAAAAGCUACUAAAUCUCUUUAUUCACUAACAGAAAAUGUCUAUAAGAUUAAAUCCCCUUUGGCUUUUUGAAAACACUUUGUGAUAUCUGUGAUAAUGCAGUUCUUCUAGCCAUUAAUCUUGCACCCCUGUAAGAAGUUUCACCUUUCUGAGUCCCAGAAAAUAUCUUGUCAAGCAAAGUUGACACCGAAGGGCACAUUUUCAGCAGGAUAUAGAAGGAUUUAACUGUGCAGGCUUCUGUUAAUGUUGUUAAAUCCAGGCACAUAGCACUAAGCAUUACCCCUAAGUGUUAAUCCUUUGUAACAAUUUCCCUUGUGGUUCAGCUCUAGAAAUUUUGAUACUAAGGCAGCAAUGGAAUGAUGAAAUAUAUAUAUAAAUAUACAUAUUAUAUUUAUAUAUAUAUUUCCUUCAGAAUUGUCUUUGUUUCAAAACUUAACAAGUUUUACCUGUUGAUGGCUGUUUAUUCAUUUGGUAAUUUCUUCUUGUAUUCAGUUUCAUCAAAUUGAACUUAUUUUGAUAAACCAGUCCAAAGUAUUAUUUAGUUGGCCUUAUUAAGGAAUAUAAGAUAUGUUCUAUGUACAUUCUAUGUACCACACUUGGUGAAGACAGACAUUUGUGUUAUAAAUUAUAUGGUUUAUUAGAAUUUGAACAAAACUGAGCUCCUUGGUGAAAUAACAAAAUUUUUAUAGUAUUACAUUUUAUAGAAACCAUGGGAUGACAUGUGAUUAUUCAAGGAGUAUUGCAUUUGCACAAAAUAUAGCCUAUUUAUGUUAUCAAGGGCAAUAGUAUAUUGGAGUAGUCUGGAUUAAUGAAAUCCAUAGAAAAUAUACCUGCAUGAUAGUAAUGAUAUUCUGUCUUUUCCAAGCACUUGUUUUAGUUGAAUAUGAGCACAUACAAGAAUAAACCUUUAAGGAAUAACUUUUUUCUACCUUGCCCACCUUUUACUUAAGCAGUAAGUUAACUCUGCUAAAGAACAUGGCAAAAAAAAAAAAAAAAGAAAAAGGAAAAAGCAAAGGUUCUAAACAAUUCUCAGAUGGUAUAUUUAGUUCGGCCCAAUUAUGGCUAUAAUUACUUAUUAGAUUUAUACUAUACCAUGGGUCCUAACAAAAUACACUUCAAGUAUACCUUAAUAGAUAAAUGAAAUUUGCAGAGAAAGUAGAAAAAGGUGGAUUUAGCAUUGUCUUGAUAAAAUCACAAGUGGGCAUCACCAUUAUGAAAGAUGCCUUUGUUCAUUUCAAGAAACAAAAUGAACUGAACUAAUUCUUUCUGUACAAAAUAAUUGGAGACAUGUUGCACUUUACUGAAUUCCGUAAAAAGAACUGAAUUUAAGUCAUAAAGUAACAGUUGAGAACCUUCGGGGCACCUGGGUGGCUCAGUUGGUUAAGCGACUGCCUUCAGCUCCGGUCAUGAUCUCA